UUGAAGAAUCGUCCCCAGACAAACAUCAUGGCUGGCCUUGUCCCUAUCCUUGUUGGUAUGCUGAUAUUAUGCUUCCAUAAUGCGAGAAGCGCAUCAACCGUCAGCACGGACCAAUCCUCGAUGACAAUAGAGCAGCGAGUUACAACGCUGGAAAGAACAAUUCAGGGACUUCAAACCCAGAAUCAGCAAUUAGUGGAUUGUGUGAUGAACAUAUCGUCAGACAAUUUCGAAACUGUCAAGUGCGCCAAGAGCAUCGUCACAGCAGGCCUCUCUUUCGGGAGAGCUGUGAUGUUCUUCGCCCAGCUUUCCCAUACGUUAUCCAACGUAGCCGUAGAACAGGGGAUUGUGUUUGACACCGUUGUGACAAAUGUUGGGGAUUGCUACAGUGGUCACACGGGUGCCUUUACUUGCUGCAAGUCUGGCACGUAUUUAUUCUCCUGGACAAUUAUCACAUCAGGAGGACAGCGCGUCAACACGGAACUGAUGAUGAAUAGUUCAUCCAUAGCUACAAACCGUGCAGGUGACCAAAACUAUCAUGCCACCGGAAGUAUGUCGGCUGUGAUUCAUUUGCAUAUCGGUGAUGAGGUAUGGAUCAGAGUCAAGUAUCGUGUUCCAGCUAACACAUAUAUCCUCGGGGAAAAAACGUCAUCUUUCACCGGAGUUCUUAUACAUUGAUCACGUUCCAUGACGCCUGGUUAGUUCCGGAUAUCUUGACAUACCUAUUAUAAAAUGGACAUUAUGAUAUCUCUGAGAGUCUUACAAACUUUGUUCUGAUUAUAUAUCGGGUUAUACAAUAUGAAAGUGCAUUGUGUAUAGCUUGAUGCUUAUAAAUGAGCGUACAUAUUGCAUUGUAUUUAUCAUACGAGACAAAGAUCGGAGGCUUUGUGCAUUUGAUAUUUAAAACGUAUGACUAAACCUGGAUUAAAAAUGACUUCAAAGAGAUGAAAGAUGCCACGCAUUUAUUACCGUAUUCAGUGAAUAAAGAAACACGCUGAUC